AUGUCUCAAGUAUCAAAGCUUAACCCACUUGCCAGGAUCUUCAAGCCCGGUGCCUCCGGGUUUGAUACCACCCCGAUUUCAACUCCUGAGGUUGCUCCAAAGGAGAAUAUCCCUCCUCCUGCUCCGGGACUCCCUCCCAAGAAAGCACGGGAACGCGUUUCAAAACCCUCUAUAUCGGAACUCGAUCAGGUCCUUACGAUUCCCGCCCCAAAGGAAUCUCCAGAAAUCAUUUCUGUUAAGGUCAAAGGGGUCAUCUCUGUCAAGGCUUUGGAGACUGCGUCAGCCAAUAUUACAGAGAUUGCGUCUAUGAAAAUUGUAGAGACCACCUUUACUAAAGCCCCAGAGACCGCUCCUAUCAAGGUUCCAGAGGCCGCUCCUAUCAAGGUUCCAGAGAUCGCCUCCAUCAAGGUUCCGGAGAUAAUUCCUACCAAGCUUCCACCUUCUCAAGAAGCUAAAGCCAGAAAAGAUAUUCUCUUCUUUGGCGAUAUCCAAGCAAAAAUGGAGAAUUUCAGCUUGAUCGAACCUGGGAAGCAUUAUAACACACCAGUCGCCGUUCCAGCUACAGAUGGCAAAAUCUUGGAUCCAGCUCAAACCUUAGAGUACCUCCGCCAAGAAGCAUUGAAGCGAGCUCAGGCCGAACUUGAUACGAUCAAGGUCCUUGCAGCCAUUCCCGCAAAACCCAUCCGCACAGUUCGCUCCAAGACUCCCAAUCCGAAGACCACAAUGUUUUGGAAAUUCCUCGACAAAGUUGAAGAUCUUGCGACUCGCGCUCUCGCUAAGGGAUUUCGUCAACCUCUCAACGCCAUGUACAAUCCUCAUCGCCAUGAUCCUUGGAAUCAUGCCGAAAGGGUUAACCAGUACUAUUAUAACGAUGGACUCAUUGCCGCCUCUGAUAUUAACGAUCCUGUUCAGGUUUUGACUGAUAACGCGGGAGCGAUUAGAUAUGAGUUGUGGAAUCAGAUGUGGCUUCAGAUCAGGAAUGAUUACCUUCAUGAAAGUUUCUUGCCUGACCCUCGUGCUGUUGCCUUGCAUAGAGACAUGACUAAGAAACUCAUUCCAACCCUUCAACGCGAAGUCGGGGCGAUCAUUGAAGAAAGGAGCCGCGAGAAGAUCUAUACCGAGCAACAAGUCUUGAGCCUUGAUCGUGGAGUCAAAGAACGAACUUACUGGCUCGAGCAUCUGGAGAAGUGUCUUGACUAUGUCAAGGUCUUUGAGCGAUUGCUGGAGGAGUUUCCAGACAAUACGAUGAUGGCUAAGGAUUGGUUCGACAAACAAUUCUUCAAGGGAAAGAAGGACAUUGGUGGUGUGGGAAAGAUCUUUUAG